GUACACUUUGAGGAGUUUCCAUUUCCAAGGCAUCAAGCCAACUGCUCAUUUCAGCUUGGACAUAUUCAUACUUUUUCAGAUGAGGAUUUCUCUAGUCCUGGCUGUUCUGCUCGUGAUGGCCGUGUGCGGUACUGAUGCCUGGGGACGUUUCAGAUUGCGUAGGAUAGUUCGUCCAAUCUGGCGGGUAGUCAAGCCACUCGCAAAGGAAACAGCAAAAUGCUACGCCUCGAAAUAUGUUAAAGGAAAAGCAUUGUCCGUGCUUGGCAAAAGAAGUGCGGAUGACUUGGAUACAAAUAUGGAUGGUGUACUAGACGAGGAGGAAAUCGAGUCGAUACUAAAUACCAGAGAGGCAGAGGAAUUUCUCAGAUUCGCUGACGGUAACGAUGAAAUCGACCUUGAAGAAUUACACCAAUUAAUGGAUGAAGCGUAAAGUAAAAUAGAAAGUUCAUUGGCGCAAUUCAGAGAUCGUUGAAUCUACAAAGUUAUUUUACUCUAAUAAAGCUGAGUAUAACUCAAA